GACUCAAUGAGUCUCCAGAGGUGACACCAUCCUUGGAUUUGAGCCCUGAGCCACCCUACCUCCCCCGGCAGUAACCGCAGGCAAGAACUCGUCGCUGGACCCGGAGGCAGGACGCCCUCGGAUACAGUCUGGGCGGAGAUGCGGCGUGUGCCCUCCCGACCGGUAGGGGGCAAACGGCGCGCAUUUAGCGCCUGCUUUCCGGCGCGCGACCCGCUCGACCCCAGGCGUGCGCAUGCUCGGUUCGUUACGGAGGUGGCCCACACGGCUAUUUUCCCACGUGCGUUGUUAACUGAGGGCAUCAUGUUGUGAGGAGAUGGGGGCCUCGGUGGCUCGCGCAAUCAGGAACUUCAACCUAGAGAACCGGGCGGAACGGGAAAUCAGCAAGAUGAAGCCCUCCCCCGCUCCCAGGCACCCCUCCACCAAGAGCCUCCUGCGAGAGCAAAUGAACUCUCAUCCAGAUAUUAAGGGAGACAUUGUUAGAAAAGAUGACAAACUGCUGUCAUUACUAAAAGACGUAUAUGUUGAUUCCAAAGAUCCCGUGCAGGUAAAAGAUGCUGGACCGCCUCCGGAGCCAAAGGAGUACAGACUGCCGAAGGGCAAUCACUUUGACAUGAAUAUUGAGAACAUUCCCAAAGGCAAAAUUUCCGUUGUAGAGGCAUUAACACUUCUCAAUAAUCAUAAACUUUAUCCGGAAACAUGGACUGCUGAGAAAAUAGCAAAAGAAUACCAUCUAGAACAGAAAGAUGUAAAUUCCCUUCUUAAAUAUUUUGUAACCUUUGAAGUCAAAAUUUUCCCUCCUGAAGACAAGAAAGCAAUACAAUCAAAAUGAAGGAAAUCUUGAAGUUACUUUUUCCAUAUGUACUCCCUGUUCCCAUGCCGUUUGUUUUCUCAUUUUUAACAUAUUAAAUUAUAUAGAUUACUGAAUGUUUAAAGUUCCCUUCUUGUGAGGGCAUACUAUUUAUUAAGCUCUGCUAAAUUUUCAGGACUGACUUUAGAAUACAUUUUGUUUUCUUUUAAACUUUAAUUGGGUUUAGGCAUGUGUUCAUAUGUAGUAUCAGCAUGACCAAAUAACACAUGUAUCAAUUUAUUACAAAUAAAAAAAAGUUAAUGGGUUAUUUUAGGCACAUCAUAUCAUUGGCUUUUAAAUUGGUCAUAUGGCCUCUUGGAAAAUGUCCUGAAUUCCUCAUUUAACAUUGAAAGCUUCACUUUCCAAGUUAGGUGGAUAGUUUAUUCUUCCUAUGGAGUAGUGAAAGUAAGAGCUUUGCUGACUCUUAAGACUGACAUUUUCUUGUUAGGGAAACGGAGGCUUGACAGUGAGGUAGAAUAACAGUAUAACAGCAAUGAAAGGCAGACAGGAGACGACACAAAGAUCAACAGAAAAGGCAUUUUUACUACUAAAAGGAAUGAGAAUUAAUGAGGGCUUUGUUUUUGUUUUGAACUGGUUUUACAUAUGAAAUAACUUUUCAAAACUAUGAAAAGGAAUUGGUGUGUGUAAAAUUUUAGCAAUCGCUGCUUUGACAAACAGAUAAGUUCAAAAGCUUUCAGAGAGGCAGGCAGUAGUGGGAACUAGCUGAAAAAAAUAACUGUCCUCUGGACUUAAUAUAGAAAUAUAAGAAAAUGUUAAAGAAUGGUUAAAUCAAAGAACCAUGAUAAAUGAAACUGGAUGACCAAAUAUAUUUGCUAAUGAAAUGCUGGUUGAAAGAAGAGAGAACAAACAGCUAGUGGAAGUAUAAAAUGUGAUCACUGGAAGGGACCUGGGAAAUUGCUGCGUCAUUCAUUUAACAAACUUGGAGCACAAUGUAUACCAGUACUAAGGUCUUGAGCAAGAUUGUGUAAGUUUAGCUCUGUCGUAUAACUACCUGUGAGAUCUUGGGUGGAUUGUGUCACUUCGUAGAGAUUGAAUUUCCUCUGUAAAUGAUUCUAAUGCUGCCUUAUUUAAAUCUAAGGGUUACUGUGAAGAUAAGAUAAUAAAGGACUGAACAAAUACGACUUUUUGCCGUUGAGAACAGAGGCCUGGGGAAGUUUCAUGACCUAUUUAAGAUUACCUGUACUUUGUGACAUAGCCAGGCCCAGAGUUUAGGUUUCCAGAAUCCUAGUGUUCUGUUUUGUCUGCCGUGCCAAUAAGAAGCAUAUCUCAAAAGAGCAGAAGGUAUGAGUUGUAGGAAUAUUGGGGGUGGUAAGAAAAAUUCCAAGUUAAUCAGUGUCUCUGAGGAAAGAGAGAGAUUCAUUACCCAGGGAGUCCCCUGGAAAUGGUAUGGAAGAGGCUGAGGAAGUCAGCAUGAACAUGAAAUGAGGCAUGUGUAAUACAAAGAAGAAAGAUACUGACUGAGAUUGAAAUUUUUAAGCUGAUUUUCAAAUUUAGUUUCUAUGUGAAUAUACCAAGUUUAGUUUAAAACAGUUCUUUCAAAGAAAACAACUCAAUAUAAAAUGACAUUGUAAAACUCGGGUAAAUCAUCAAAACUAUCAGAUAAGUAUCAAUACUUGAAUCAAUAAUACUGCUAUUUCUGAGCCAUGUUCCCUGUUCAUAUCAAUACUGUGGUUAGGCAACUGUAAAUAUGGCUGUUUUGUAGUGUCACAUAAUAAAGCACUU